ACAGACUCACUGCAUGUGAAAGGGAUGCGAGAAAAGCAGAGUGGAGGCAAACAGAGUGGGUUUCCCAAGAAGAGAGUUCACUGCAUCAUUUAAUGACCCAGUUUGGUUCAUGGUUUGUUUUUAAAAGGACAAGCACCUCUUUCCUGCACCUCCAGGACACACUGGUUCAGGGAGGUGAAUGAGACCAGACCUCUCCUCUGCAUCCUGAAAACGCUCCAUAUCAGGACUCCCUUCAUCCUUCUUCAAGCUGCUGGUAUCAGGUGUCCAGAAUCUACAUUUCCUACGCUGUGAAUGAAGAGAAGAAGUGAUGUCUCACAACAACAGCUGCUGCAGAUUUUGCUGCAGGGGCUUGUAUAGCUGCCACUGGAGUGGCUCGAGUAAAAAUAAAAGAAAAUGCCCAUGUUGCUGGUUCUCAGUGGUCACGUUGGUGUCCCUGCUCUCCCUCUGCUGGAUGUACAUCUGUCUAGUCAUGUUUAAUGACCGCGAGGACGUUAACUGGCAGGGGUUCACAAAGCUCAAACAGUGGGUGAACUGGUUCAUGGUGGUGAUCAUCAUUUCCGCAGUGUUAACCAGCUACUGCGUUCUGCUGCUGCUCUUUGCACUGUUCCAAGUUGCCUUAGGAGAACAACUCGACUUGCACUGGCUGCACAAGAUCUUCUUAUUUUUUGGUGUCAUAUUCCUCACUGUCGGGGUCACGGGAAUUAGCCUCGAGUGGCGACAAGAAUGGCCAACUGUUCCUCUUUCACUCCAGGCCACCGGUCCUUUCUUACAGUUUGGUGCCGUUGGAGCCUUGACUCUGCUGAGCUCGUUUGUCUUCCAGGGCUUCCACAGGGCCAAAACAGGUCACAAGUUCCUGAUUGCCGGGACAUUUCUUGUGGUGUCUGCAGCCAUCUUCCUGUGUCCCCUGUUUAUCCAGUCUCCUUGUCUAAUAGAACUGAGGGAAUUACCUGAAAAGCCCAAAUUCAUCGGCCACAGAGGAGCCCCCAUGCUGGCUCCAGAGAACACCAUGAUGUCCUUCAACAGGAGCAUCGCGUGCGGUGUGACUGCCUUUGAAACAGACGUGCAGCUCAGUAAGGACAGAAUUCCCUUCCUGAUGCACGACAAUAAGUCGGAGUUCUUGCUGAGAACGACAAAUGUUAAGGAGAAGUUUCCCGGCCAGAAACUCAACCUCAGCACUGACCUGACCUUGGAGGAAUUACAGAGUCUGAAUGCAGGGGAAUGGUUCCUAAAGACGGAUCCCUUCUGCUCAGUGUCCCAGCUCUCAGAAGAGGAGAAGGAAACAGCCAGGAAUCAGACUAUUCCCUCCUUAGUUCAGCUCCUUAACCUCGCUGAACAACACAACAUCUCAGUGAUAUUUGAUCUAUACAGUCCCAACCAGGAAAAUGACACAGUGGACACAGUGGACACCAUCUUAAAGUCUGGAAUUGACCCAAGCAGAGUUCUCUGGCUUCCUCCAGCAGAAAGAAAAUAUGUAAACAUGACAGCACCGGGCUUCAUCCAGUACUAUAACAACGAAAGUGAGAUGCUUAAUGAAGGAGGACGGCACCUAAAUGUGAAGUACAGCAAACUGAGCAUGAAUAAAAUCAGGGAACUUCGGAUGAAUAACGUUACAGUGAACCUGUGGGUGGUUAAUGAGCGCUGGCUGUUCUCUCUGCUGUGGUGUGCAGGGGCCAGUUCUGUCACCACCAACUCUUGCCACCUCCUAAAAGAUGUGGACCAGCCCGACUGGGUGAUGCCUCGUUACAAAUACAGAAUAAUAUGGAUUUCAGUGGACAUUGCAUCUGUGGUGAUAAUGAUACUAAUCUACAUCGUUCAGCGGAAAACACACUGUUUCUGUUCCAGAGAAGAGAUGCAAAGAAACAACCCUUCAUCCUGGAAUGAGAAAGAACUGCAUCCUUUCUUACCCACUGGGCAGUUCGAUGGACAUGAGCAGCGGAGGCUUUGAUCCUGAAACUGUCAAUUAGCCUUUUCUGUCCUGCAGAGGCGGUUUGGACCUGAAUCAGGAAGAAAGCAAGAUAAUGUGAAAUGCUAUAAGCUCCAGUAUAAAGCCAUCCAAAAUUAAAAUGUUGUUUAUACUAAGAUAAUAAGAUGUGAAUCAAAUGUCAUUACGAUGCCACUGGGUGGCAGUUUCUGUUUUUUCCUGUCUAGCUGGUUAACAGGGUUCAUCUUUCAAAGGGUUUUCAUGUAUAAUUGUUCUUCUGUUACUACUGAAAUAUACUGCUUUUGACAGUCUGAUUGUAUAACCUGCACUGUAUAUAUGCAUUGCUUUCCUUUUUAUUUCACCGUUUUUCUUUUGAGUUCUACAGCAAUGAAUCAUCGUGUCAUUUCGAAAAGACGAGCCUGUAAUCUGAGCCAUAAACACUAAAACUAUUUUUUACACUA